AUGAAGAUCUUGUGUAUACUGUUCCUCACAGUGAACUUCCUACAAUAUUUUGUGACUCAAAAAACAGACGUACCUGAGUUUGCAGAUCUUGUUUUCAUGGUGGACAGCUCAAACAGUCUGGAAGCAAAGGCCUUUGGUCAAGUGAAAGGUUUUAUUUCUAGGUUUAUUUCGACAUUGCCCAUAGGAAAUGACAAAUAUCAAAUUGGAUUGGCACAGUACAAUGAUGAUCUACAAGUUGAGUUCAUGCCAAAAACUUACAAAGCUAAAAGUCCUAUUUUGAACCAUAUAAAAAAUAAGUUUAAUUUUAAAGGUGGUUCUCUAAAAACUGGCAAUGCCCUCACAAAAGUGCAUGAAACCUUUUUUAAAGAACUUAUUGGUCGGGACAAAGCUAGGUAUCCAGCAGUACUUGUUGUGAUUACUGCUGGAACCUCUCUUGAUGAUGUAAGAAAGCCAGCCCUGGCUCUGCAAAAAGAUGGUGUAAAAAUAAUUGCAUUAGGAUUACAGACAGCUCCUGAAUCUCAACUGGAAGCUAUUGCUUCAACGUCAAGUUUUGCCUUUCAAAAAUCCAAUGUUCGAGAACUGACCACCUUCUCCAAUGAAAUGGCAAAUGCCAUUAAGGAUGUGAUGAUGUAUACAGCACCAGUGGAUGAUGUUUUCAUUAAGAUCUGUAUAGGUUCAUCGAUCGCUGACAUUGUAUUCUUGGUAGACACAUCUCGUAAUGCAAAUGCAGAAAGUGUGAAGGAUUUUCUACAGAGGAUUAUAUCUGGCCUGGAAAUUAACGAAAACUGUGUCAAUGUAGGACUGGUGAUGUUCAGCAACAAAACUGAAAUAAUUGCCCAGUUGGAUGAAGGAAACAAUAAAUCCAUGGUUGCUAAUUUUAUAGAUCAGAUAUUCACAAUGGAUGAAAAAAUUGUCAACACAGGCUUUGCUCUAAAUUUUACAAGAACCACAGUGUUUGGUAAUGUCACAGCAAGUAGGAGAAGUGGUGGAAUACAAAAGAUUGCAGUCCUAGUCACACAUAGUUCGUCUACAGAUAGCAUUGUAGAGGCAAGCCAUCUUCUUCACAAAGAGAACAUACAAGUUUUCACAGUAGGAGUUGAAAAUGCCAACAAAACACAGCUGAAACAGAUGGCAUCACAUCCAUAUAGUAAAUAUUCUGUUGAUGUAAAAACGUUUGUGACGCUCUCAUCACAUGCAGAUACUGUGCUAAAGAAACUUUUAAAUAGAAUUGACGACGCUGUUUUGACUUCUGCUGAAAAAACAGAUCUUCUUAAAAAAGGAUGUCUAAAUACAGAGGAAGCUGAUAUUUAUUUGGUCAUUGAUGGCUCAGGAAGCAUUCAGUAUCAGGACUUCCAAGACAUGAAAAACUUUUUAUCCGAGUUGAUAGAUAUGUUUGAUAUUGGACCCCAGAAGGUUCGGGUUGCAGCUGUACAAUAUUCAAGCACAACACAGCUGGAAUUUGGUAUUACUACCCAAUAUGACAAAAAUAAUUUAAAACUGGCCUUAAAGAAUAUGAGGCAACUAGGAGGGGGAACCAGUACUGGAGCAGCUUUAAAUUUUACUCAAGAAUUAGUAGUACAUCCACAGAAUGUCCGGGCAGGAAAUGUCCCUGUGCACCUUAUUGUUCUUACAGAUGGAGAAUCACAAGAUAGCGUGAAGGAAGCAUCUCAUCUCCUCAGGGGUCUCAAUAUUAACAUGUACGCAAUUGGAGUUCAAGCUGCUAACAAGUCACAACUGCUGGAGAUUGCUGGGAGCAAUGAAAAAGUAUUUUUUGUUUACGACUUUUCUUCCUUAAUAGAUAUCAAAAAUAACAUUGCCCGCCAAAUCUGUCAAAGUGAAGCUUGCAAACAAAUGGAAGCCGAUAUUAUGUUUCUGGUGGACAGUUCUGGAAGCAUAGGAAUGGAAAAUUUCAAUAAAAUGAAGGCAUUCAUGAAAGAGUUGGUAAACAAAACUGAGGUUGGACGUGACAAAGUACAAUUUGGAGCUGUUCAGUUUAGUGAUGACAGUAAAGCAGAGUUUCAAUUAGACACACACACGACCAAGAGUGGCAUUUGGAAUGCCAUAGAAAAUAUGGGCUAUUUUGGUCAGACAACAUACACUGGAAAUGCUUUGAAAUUUGUGUCUGAUUACUUCACACAGCCCAAAGGUGCAAGACCCAAAGUUAGAAAAUUUCUUAUACUCAUCACGGAUGGUCAAGCACAUGAUGAAGUGAAAACCCCAGCUGAAUCUUUGCGAAACAGUGGUGUUACUAUUUAUUCUGUUGGGAUUUUUAAUGCAAAUAAAUCUCAGCUAUUUGAAAUUAGUGGAAGGCCUGAACAGGUAUUUUACAUUGAAUCAUUUGAUACACUGAAGACUAUAGAAGAUGAGCUGAUUUUUGGAGUAUGCAGUCCCUAUGAAGAUUGUAGUAAAAUAGAAGUGGCAGACAUUGUGUUUGUAAUAGAUUCUUCUGGCAGCAUAGAUCCUACAGAAUAUGGUAUAAUGAAGGAUUUUAUUAUAUCAUUAGUAAACAAAUCAGAUGUUGGCCCGAAUAAAGUACAGUUUGGAGCACUUAAAUACGCUGAUGACCCAACAGGGCUAUUUUACCUGAAUGAGCAUGAAAGCAGACAGAGCAUUAUACAGGCUAUUGAAAAGGAUGAUAAAGUAGUCAAAGGAAUCAACACUUACACAGCUGAAGCUCUGGAUUUUUCGAAGACGUUUUUCAGAGGGGAACAUGGAAGUCGCCAAAGCUCAGGAGUCCCCCAGAUUCUUAUAGUUUUGACUGAUGGGGAGUCUCACGACCGUGAUUCACUCAAUCAAAAAUCAAAAGAGUUACAAGAUUUAGGAAUUAUCAUCUAUGCAAUUGGAAUAGAUAAAGCCCAAACAGAAGAACUGAUAACAAUGGCAGGAUCCAAGGGACAAUGGUUCCUAGUAGAUAACUUUAAUGGAUUAAAGGACAUAUUUGUAAAUAUAUCUGAGGCAAUGUGCAAUUCAACAGUGUGUGAUGUCCAAGAAGCUGACUUAGUUUUCCUGAUUGAUGGUUCUUCUAGCAUUUCAUCUGAUAAUUUUAAUGAACUGAAGACCUUCAUGAUAUCUGUUGUGGAUGACUUUGAUGUAGGUCCUAACAAAGUGCAUGUAGGUGUUGCACAAUACAGUGAUGUCUACAAGCUGCAAUUUAAUCUCAAAACAUAUGUGGACAAAGUGAGCAUAAAGAAACAAAUUGACAAUAUCAAGCAAAUAACCGGUAAUACUCUUAUUGGAUCUGCUCUUCAACUAACAGAAAACAUGUUUAGUCCAUCUGCAAACAGUCGAAUUAAUGACGGUGUACCUCAAAUAUUGCUUGUGAUAACUGAUGGAGAUUCCCAGGAUAAAGUUGGGCAACCUGCGCUUAAUCUCAGAAAUAAAGGAAUAGAUGUACAUGCUAUAGGAGUGGGACAAAUUGAUCAUACACAGCUUCUUGAAAUUGCUGGAACUUCAGAGAAAAAAUAUACAGUUGAAAAUUUUGGUCAGUUGAAGUCGAUUAAAAAACGACUUGUUAGGAACACAUGCACUGAUCCACAUGACAGCGAUUGCUUUAUUGAUGUUGUAGUCGGAUUUGACAUUUCAGUAGAGUCCAAAGAUGCGAGUUUAUUCCACAGACAAACUCAUCUGGAAAACAUCCUCCCUGAUAUUUUACAAAAGAUGACAGCAUUGAGAAGUGCAAGCUGCAGUAAGGGUAACAGGCCUCAAAUCAGCUUGGCAUUUCAUAUUCCAAAUGCAAAAGAGCCAUUCUCCCCCAUUUUUCGUAUAUACAGCCCAGACCUAGUCAAAAGUCUAAAGUCUAUUAAUGUCACUGGCCCAUCAUUUCUUACUUCACCCUUUCUGCAGUCUAUGGGGAGCACAUUCCAAAAUAAAAACACAAUAAAAGCAAAGAUGCUUCUUGUUUUCACUGAUGGAUUAGAUGAAGAUCUGGAAAAACUUGAGCAGACUGCAGAUGAUCUUCAAAAUAAAGGUUUAAAUGCUUUAGUCACAGUUGCUCUGGAAGGAUCUACUAAUAUUCAUGACAUCAAGUUCAUAGAGUUUGGUAGAGGAUUUGAUUACAUGGAUCAGAUGAACAUUGGAAUGCCGGAUAUUGGCACCAGACUGGCAAAACAAAUGUCCCGUGUUGCGGAGAAGACAUGUUGCUGCAUACUUUGCAAAUGUACUGGAGAAGCUGGCAUGCCAGGGCCAUAUGGAAUUGGUGGACAAAAGGGAAGACCUGGGAUGAAAGGGCAGCAAGGACAUUCAGGUGAAGAAGGAGAAACGGGAGAAAGAGGAGAAAAAGGCCAAACUGGUGUUCCAGGAACCAAAGGAUGCCAAGGUGUAAAAGGUCCAAAGGGUAGCAGAGGAGUCACAGGAGAUAAGAAUGAAGAUGGCGAGUCUGGUAUCAAUGGAAUCCCUGGCGAACAGGGGCAUCCCGGGCUUCCUGGAAUCAAAGGAGAAGAAGGGGAAUCAGGAGAAGCAGGAAGUCCUGGUCCAAGAGGUCCAUCAGGAGAACGUGGAAGUACAGGACUACGAGGAGAUCCUGGCAGUCCUGGAGUUGAUAACAAUAUUCCUGGCUCAAUGGGUGUCAAAGGAGAUCCAGGGAUUGAAGGUGAACAAGGAGCACAAGGACCUCCAGGAACACCUGGAGCCAGAGGAGGUGGAAGAAUCCAGGGUAAAAGAGGUCUUCCAGGCCCACAGGGAAUAAAAGGAGAUCCUGGUGAUGUUGGCCAUCCAGGAGAAGAAGGACUCAGGGGACUUCAGGGAGAAAAUGGAAUUACGGGUAAGAAAGGAGACAAAGGAAGUAAUGGGCCUAAAGGUGUUCCAGGUACUUUUGGAGUUGCUGGGGGUAUAGGAGAUCAUGGGAACUCUGGGAGAAGGGGGAAAAAGGGAGUGCAUGGAGACCCUGGUGAAAAAGGAAUCCCUGGACCAUUGGGACAACGUGGAGAUGAGGGUAAAGAUGGCACAACUGGAUAUGGCACACCUGGAAAAAAAGGAUCAAAGGGUCAGAUUGGUUUCCGAGGAGAUAGUGGUAUUAAGGGCAUAUCUGGAGACCCUGGGGUAGUAGGUGAUAUUGGACCAAAGGGAUUAUCUGGAUUAUCUGUAUCUUCAGGUUACCCUGGUGAUGCGGGGAAUCGAGGGGGACCAGGACCUCAAGGACGGAGGGGGAACAAAGGCACGAAGGGACAGACUGCAUUCUCUACAUGUGACCUCAUCAACUAUGUGCGUGACAGAUGCCCAUGUUCAGAAGGCAGAUCUACAUGUCCAGCUUACCCUACAGAGCUGUUGAUUGCCUUAGAUAUGUCCAAUGAUAUCACACCCGCAAUAUAUAAAAGGAUGAUUAACAUUGUUACGGAUAUUUUAGCCAAUACCACAAUCAGAGGCAAUAACUGCCCAGUAGGAGCUAGAGUCGCAGUGGUUUCCUAUAGUUCACAUGUCAAGUACCACAUCCGCUUUUCAGACUUUCAAAGUAAGGACAAGUUGAUAACUGCUGUAAAGAAUAUACCUUUGGAGAAGACUUCUAGAGGACGUGACAUUGGUGGUGGUAUGAGAUAUGUAGCCAGGAACAUUUUCAAGAGAUCUCUUAAUGGAGCAACAGUAAGAAAAAUUGCAUUGUUCUUCACCAAUGGACGUUCUGAAGAUGUAGUUUCCAUUAACACAGCUGUUCUAGAAUACAGUGCACUUGGCAUUAUUCCAGCAGUCAUUGCAUUCACUUCUGUUCCUGUUAUCAAACGAGCCUUUACAAUGGAUCCAACUGGAACAUUUCAACUGAUUGAAAUCUCUGCAAAUGUAGACUAUAAACCAUCCUUGCAAACUCUUCAGUUAUGCACACUCUGUUUUGAUGGAUGUAAACCAGACACUCUGUGUGUACAAAACAAAGCUAACCUACAAAGGUCAUAUAUGGACAUAAUGUUUGUUUUGGAUAGUUCUUACAAUGUGAAACGGGAUGAAUUUGAUGCUGCAAAAAAUGUUAUAAGAUCAGUGAUUGAUCAGAUUGAUAUUUCAUCAGAACCAAAGACAUCUAACACAGGUGAUAGAGUGGCUUUGGUAAGUAAUUCACUUCCUAGCUUUGCACCAAGUAGUGAAUUAAAACCCAAUAUUGAGUUUGACUUAACAGCCUACACUAGCAAAGCCCAAAUGAAAAGACAUAUCCAAGAAAACGUACAUCAACUGAAUGGACAACCUUCACUUGGAUUUACCUUGAAAUGGACAAUUGACAACAUGAUGUCAAAGGCUCCAAAUCUCAGGAAAAAUAAAGUAAUUAUUACCAUAUUAUCUGGAGAGACAAGUCAAUGGGACAAACAAACACUUAGAGAAACAUCUCUGAAAGUAAAAUGUAAAGGGUAUGCCAUAUUUGUGCUUUCAAUAGGAAAAUCAUACAAUUACACUGAACUAGAGGAAUUUGUUAGCUUGCCUUUGGAACAUCACCUACUUCAGCUUGGCAGAAUUCAUAAGCCAGACCAUGGAUAUAUAGUUGGAUUUAUGCAGCCAUUCUUGAAUUCUAUAAGACGUGCCAUCAACAAGUACCCAGCAACUGAAAUGAAAAGCAAAUGUUCUAAAUUAACUUCAGUUGAUGAAAGCAGAAGUAGAAGGCAAUCAUUAUCCCAACAUGAGACGGGAGAACCUAUCUGGUCAGAGGCUGAAUUCGAUCAUCAAAGAAAACAGCACUCUAAGGAUACAAGCAGUGACCUCAAUAGUUUUGGAGCUUUCACAGCCCAUCCUUUAGCUACAACCAUAAGCAGGGAAAACACCCAAGGGUAAAAGAGCAAAAAGUAACAUGAUAAUUUGAAUGAUGAGUCAACAGAAGCAAGCAGUGGACUUUUGUCUUCCAGAAAAAUCAAUAAAAUGAAAUGAACGUGCUAUUUGGAAAGUUUUGCUGCUGCAUGUGACCAAGAAAAUCAAAUUACAGACCAAUGUUAGGCUUAAACCAAUGACCCAAUCUUUUAUAAUUUCUUAAACAGUGAGGUUCCAUAAUUAAAAAAAAAAACACAUUAUGCAAAAGGUAAUUUAGGGUUUUCCUUUCUCAAAUAUAUCUGUGUCAGCAACUAGCACUGCAAGCAAUAUAUUAUAGCAUUUUUUUCCUGUAAUAAUAAUACCAAAAUUAUGUGUAUUAUGCCUCUUCAGUGAUUUAGGUGCUAAAAAAGAGAAAAAGAGAAAAGCCAUUUCUUUUUUUUUUUAUAAUUCUGAUGGUGCUUAUGGGUAAUAAUAUGAGUGCCUAUGUAUUUCCUUGUACAUGCUGUUUUUCAUAUACUAAACUGAGUUCCCAGUGGAGUGUAUGUAUACUGUUGGCACAAUACACAAAAGUGUAAUUAAAAAAGGACUGUUUACUAAUUAUU